CUCAAAGGGGGAAACCCUGGACCACCCUCCUAGGGAAGGGAAGGUCCGGUAUCGCUUCUCGGCCUUUUGGCUGCGAUCCUGUUGUGGGAUUGUUUCGGGCAUUUUUACUUGUGCCAUCCCAUAUAUGUAAAAAUGGAAAAUGACAAAGAUUGUGGUACGGUGAGUUGUGAGGUUUUGAAUAUGGAAAUAUCCGAUAGUGUUAUUGUUAAUGCUAAUAUCCCAAGUGUACGUUCUGUUGAUGCUGUCUCUGGAGAGAAUACUGUUGGUGCUGUCCCUGGAGAGAAUGCUGUUGUUCCUGGUGAAAAUGUGGUCCCUGGUGGAAAUGUUGUUGACGUCUCUUCUGACGCUUUAUCUGCUAAUGCGAAUGUUGAAGUAACGACCGUUCCUUGUGCUAAUUCCGUACCUCAGCCUGAUAAUUUAGAUGCUGGGGCUCGCAAUUGUGCCGUUGUAAAUGGAGAAACUUACGCUUCUAGAGCGGCGAGGACGACUGGUUCUGCUGACAACGCCCCUCAGCCAUGGCGUCGUUCUGUUGUUAAUGACAUGCCGAAACGCCCUCGAUCCGCUCUGUUCACACCUUCACGUUUUACAUCUGCUCGUUCAGUUUUCGAUGCCCUUAACUCCGCAAACGUUGACGCCGCUGAAAUUCAGUGCUUACAGCGAAAAAUGAACGGUGAAGUGGUGGUCACUUUCAAAUCUCCUGCCGCCAAAGAAAAAUUCCUAAGCCUGAACUCCAUCACUAUCAAUAAUGAAAGUUAUGCCAUCCAAGACAUCGACAGGCCUCUUACAUUCUUGACUAUUUAUGACGCUCCUUUUGAACUGAGUGAUUGGGCUAUAAUAAAGCGCCUCGCUCCUUUCUGCGAGGUUAUUCAUUAUCGCCGUGGUAAAUUUGAUUACGCACCUAAUAUCUACAAUGGUUUACGUCAUUAUCGCGUCCGGAUUGUCAAGCCCGUCCCUAACUUUCUCCGUUUUGGUAAAUAUCAAGUCUUUGUAAAGUAUGCUGGUCAGCCGCUUACCUGCCGUAAGUGUAAUUUGCCUGGCCAUUUUAGUAAUGCUUGCGACCACAAGGUGUGUUUCAACUGUGAGAACAUUGGUCACGAAGCGAACCGUUGUCCAGCCCCGCCUCUAUGUCACUUCUGCAAAGAGGAUGGCCAUCUUAGUAGCCAUUGUAGGUACUCGUGGGUCUCUCCUGUUGUCUACGGUGAGCCCACCGAUGAAUCUGCUCCAGUGAACGUUGAUGUCGACGAUGACGAUGACGCCUCUGAUGUUAGCGACGCCUCUUAUAAGACCCACUCUGGCGAUUCUUUUGCAUGGGCGGACGAGUCCGAUUUGUCCGACGCCUAUGUCGAUGUUGUAGAAGACCUCCCUUUGGCCGCAGCUCUGCCUUCUAAGACCCAUCCACCUCCUGCUGAUGCCGCUGAACCAUCUGUUACCGCUACCGCUACUCCAUCUGCUGGUCCAUCGACUUCUGUGCCUUCAUCUGCCGCUGAAACCCCUGUUCUGUUUACACCAUCCGAAUCACUGCCAAAUGCUCAACCUGUCAACGUUCAACCUGCUAACUCUUCACCUGAUGCUAAUCCUCCAUCUGGUCAAUCACAACAUGUUCUAGAUUCUCAGGGUCUCAUCAAACCUGAUGUCAUCGUCAUCGAUGCUCCGUCAAAUCCUCCUCCCGCCAAUUCUUCCACUAGUUCUGCCCGUCCUCGAAUCUCUCGCCGUACUCCCGCUCCAGUCCCUGAAGCUCUGGCAGCGGCUGCUCUUCGCAAACCUACCUCUCCUUCCCUAGUUGCUGGCAAACCACGUUCUUCUGCUCCCCCUUCGUCGCCGAUGGAGGCGUCCUCUGACUUAAAACGCAAGGCCCAGACCCAGACUGAUGCUGUCCCUAAGGAGAAACGUAAACAAAAGAAAGGCAGGAAACAUAAAGAGUAAUUUUGUUAUGUUCCUCUUUUAAGUCCUUUUUCUGAGAUACUUUCAAAGUCCUAACUAUUAAUGCGAGGGGUUUGGGGAAUCCCCUUAAUAAUAAUCUCCUCUUCGAUCUUAUUGAAAAAUCCGACUGCGACAUUUGUUUUCUUCAAGAAACGCUAGUCAGCUCUGAGGCAAACAUCAGGGCUCUUUCCCGUAGAUGGUUGGGGCGUAGUUUUUGGUCCCCCGCAAUUGGAAAACAAGGCGGUGUGGCCAUUUUAAUUUCUCCUAAAUGCUCCGAUGAAAUUGUAUCUUGGAAAAAGGACUCUAAUGGGCGAUUAAUUAGUCUUUUGGUCAGGAUUGAUGGUGUCGAUAUUAAUUUUGUUAAUAUUUAUGCUCCCACCAAUCUUACUGAUCGAAAAUCUUUUUAUGAAUCUCUUCAUGAAUUUUUUAUUCCCGCCUCUGCUCUUGUGAUCGGGGGCGAUUUUAAUUGUUAUGACAACGCGCUCGAUAAAUUCGGAGGUAAUGUUUCUGUCGGCAACGAAUGUAGCUCUUUGAAAUCUGAUUUUAUUUUGGUUGAUGCGU